AUGCCAGGCAAGGGAUCCUACGACGGUACCGAGGCGAGUUAUGGUCCGAUCGUGGGUGCGUACAAGUCGCCAGUUCUUGUGACACCGCAAGCGAGUGCGCAACACCACCUUCAGCAUCAGCAUCAGCACGCCAGCGAUAGCAGCAAGCAUCAACCACAACAACAACAACAACAGUCGCGAUCGGCAGACUCGACGCACGAACCGAACGAUAGUGAUCUCGCGGAAUCGACCAGUGGCACGGUUCCGGUGGACAGUGACAGUGAGCGUGACGGAAAGCGAGAAGCGACCGAGCGCGAGACGACGAACGGAGGACCCGAACCGUCCGGGACGGCGUCGAGCAGCAACACGCCCUCGGUGAUAACGUCCUGCUCGAAGGCGCUCUCGGGGCUCGUGACGGUGAACCCGAUUCACGGCCAGGAAGCCGCCAGCCCGGCCCCACCCGGCUCGCCCCCGCGCUUCUCCACCCUGCAGACGGUGAUCAACACGGCCAGCGGGUUCGCCCCCUACCAUCAUUGGCCGUGCGACCUCAGCUACAAGCCGGUGGACGGCAACCAUCACCAUCGGCCGGUCUCGCCGACGAGUGAGCCUUCUCCGGGUGAGUUGGCCCGCCACCAGCCCACUCCACCCCGGGCCGUCUACAUCGGUGAUCCGGACGCCAGCGGGUCGCCGCAAUCGCCCCACCUCGCCGUCGUUAGCCACCUGAAUCCGCUGGUGUGCUCUACGGCCGACCACUCGCUCAUCGCCGGCAUGCGUGGAAGCCUGCUCUCCAUGUACCCUGCGUACGCGUCCCCGCUCGGGGCCGGCUCGCACCAUCUGCAGGACGACCCGAGCGAUUCGCUUCAGCACCACGGGCAGUCGCAGGAUCACGACGACAUGAGCGCCAUCCAGCAUCACCUGCAGCAGCACCACCAUCACCAGCAGCAACAGCAGCACCAUCACCAGCAGCAACAGCAUCACCACGAGGCGGUCGCCCACCAGCACAGCAUCGACGAGAUGAUCGCCGACACGCUGAAGGGCGAGCAGUGCGCCAUCGUGGACAGCUACCUCACGCCCGAGCUGGUCAACGAGCACCAUCACCAGGUGGCCGACUCUCCCACCCACCACGGAGUGGCCCAGCACCAUCACCACCAGCUGGCGCAACAGCACGCCCUCCAGCAGCAACAGCAGCAUCAGCAGCAUCAGCAGCAGCAGCACGGACUCCACGAGCCGAAGGAGUACGUCAGCAUUUAUCAUAACAACAACGACAAGAGCGUCAUCAACUACAACCACGCCGCGCUCGGCCACCAUCACCACCAUCACCAGCAGCAGCAGCAGCAGCAGCAGCAACAGCAGCAGCAGCAUAAUCACACCCAUACCAGCAGCGGUGGCGAUUCGCGCAGUCCCGACUAUUCGCACGCGCAGCACGACGAGUACGAUAGCGGCGGCCUGCAGAGCUUCACUCAGUUGAUUAACGUGCCUCGAGCGAGCGAUACGGCGUCGGCGAUGUACCACCAUCACCAGAUGUCGGCGGCAGCAGCGGCGGCCGUCGCGGCCACCACCGCCGCGGCCACGGCAGCCCUGGCCUCCCAGACGUCCGUGGCCGCCACGGACAGCUCCUCGCCCGGUCCCGUCCCCGACCAUCUGGCGCUGCACUCCGGCAACGGGGCGGUUGGCGGCUCGGGCGCCGGUUCCGGUGCGGCCGAUGGCAGUCUGUCCCUCUACGAAACGCUCCAGUCGGGUGUCCUCUCUGGCGGACCCUCGUAUGGACGCUGCUCGUUCCCGCCCAUGUCGUACUUCAACGCCAGCCCGACCCACGAUCCGGCCCACAUCUGGUCGACGGGAGUGUCCGCACUGGAGAACGACUACAUGAAGGGCGCCCUGCCCGGUUUCCAGCGGAUCGCAGCGGCCACAAACACUUCCCGCACCAACCCGUACGGUGCCGUCCCUACGUCCUACGCUCAGCAGAACGACACGUGGUCGCAGCACUAUGAAACCAACAGCAUCGCGUACAGUGUGGCCACCUCCAGCACGACGCCAGCGACGGUUAACCGGCGGGCGCCGGUGGCCUCGACCACCGCCACCACGCACUUCCCGGCCGCGGCCUCCCUCAGUGCACUGGGCCUCGAUGCGGACAUUUUCACGGAGGGGCGUGAGUGCGUCAACUGUGGUGCCAUCCAGACGCCCCUCUGGCGUCGCGACGGAACUGGCCACUACUUGUGUAACGCGUGCGGACUCUAUCACAAGAUGAACGGCAUGAAUCGUCCCCUGGUGAAACAGCCAAGACGUUUGGUAAAAGAACCUAGCUCGGCACGACGAGUCGGUCUGCAAUGUUCGAACUGCAACACGACCAACACUUCGCUCUGGCGCCGCAAUCAGGUUGGUGAGCCGGUGUGCAAUGCCUGCGGUCUGUACUACAAGCUGCACAACGUGAAUCGUCCGUUGGCCAUGAAAAAAGACAACAUUCAGUCUCGCAAACGGAAACCGAAAGGCAGCAAGAACAACAACGAUGGUGGGGCUGGUAAAAAUAACGCUAGUAACGCUGCUAGCAACAGAAACACGGGUGGUAACGUCGAGACACCGAAGACGAUUGACGCUUUGAAAAUGUUGAACGAAUCGUCCACUUUUGACUCCAAGAUGCUUCCAUCGUCUCCGUCGAGCGAGGGCAGUAACCAGUCGCCGGCACACCACAACAACAUGUCACCGAUCUGCUACACACAGCAGGUCCCAUCGCCGAUCACAAGCACACCGACGAGCGGUACGAUCAAGUACAACCAGCAGCAGAAGAACAACAAUGUUUACAUGCUCUCGUCGCCGUCUUCCAUGAGUAACAUGUUCGGAGGAAGCCCCACGUCGGGCGCAGUGUCAGCACACCACCAUCAACAAUCGUCCGGUGGCCAGCUGAGCCCUGUUGGCUACGGUCUUUCGGGCGUGGGUAGUGGUCACGGAAGCAACAAUGGCUCGAUAGUCAGCUCCAAGUACCACCAAAGCCCGCCGCAAUCGCCGGAAGACAACCUUUACUACGAUAUGCUUCCGGCUGACGUGAACGGAUCAGUCGAGCAGCACUCGCUAUCGACGAUCGUGAAGAUGGAACCACUGAGCGGUAACCAUUUCGGUGGAUAUGGCCAGCACGGCCUGCACCACGAAGCACUCGUCAGUGGGCUCGGACAUAGCCACCAUGGACAGGGCGGCACAAACAACCACAGCCGCAGUCCUUCGGUGGCGGAGGACGAAAGUGAGCAGGGCCACGCUCAACAGGAUAUUGUUGAGAGCAAGCAUAACAUUAACCGCCCGACGGUGGUGUCGAUGUCACGAUAGAACAGCCUUGCCCGUUGACGGGAUACUCGAAUGUGCGAAACAAGACGAAUCUCACAUGACACACCACUACGGGUCGCUCUACGGAUGCUCACGAUGCCAAAUGAACUGAACAAACGCAAAAGACUCGACAAACGCACGUUAAACCUAUUUAGCGAGUAAGUUGCACCGAUUGACUAGGUUAUAUUAUUUAAGGGCGCUAGGCUGGUCGACUCAUCGCGGGUAGGCGGGACUUCACGGCCCGAAGACUGCGCCGGCUCAUCCUAGGUGGACGAAUCUCUAAGCAUGUGCACUUUUCUUAGCCUUACGAUGAUGCAUCUCGGUGCCGUGACAGGAGCCAUAUGACAAACGAUCUUUCAUCGCACCACAAGCAUACGCGCUUGUUAGAUAAGAGCGCACCAAACGGAUUAAUGGGAUUGUGUGGAGAAUCCAGGAUAGGAAAGAGUGUAUCAUCUAAUCAUCCGUACCAAAACAAUCGAAUCGCUCAAGCGACGCAAUACUGUUUUCCUUUAACUUGACCAAGCUCAGAGGAUAAGGAUUCGUUAACGUUGGCAUUGGCGAAGGUAGCAUAUACAAUCACCGAAAGUUAGUUGUAAAUAAUGUUAAUGAAUCAGGCAAACGCGAGAAAGCUUAUCGGCUUCUCGGCGUCGAGCAAAAACCGACAAAUGUACAGAAACGUAGCUCUCUGGGUACUUCACGAACGUUCCAAAUUUGAUAAUCAUUAUUUGAUUUAGCAAAAAAAAAAGUUUUAGAUGUAGGAAUAUAAUACGUGAAUGUGAUGCAUUCAAACAUAUUCUAAAUUUGUAUAGGAAA